AUGUGUCUGACGUCUUUCUUAGCUAUUGAAAACAGACUGAACAUAUUCAUGACCGCACGAGGUAAGGAACGAUUGGUGUACGACAACUUUACGUACUACAAGCAAAGCCGUACACGCAGCGGGUUCAGAUGGGGAUGCACAAAGAACAGAUGGCAUCGUUGCAAGGCGUAUCUACAUCUAGCAGAUGAUCUCACUAUUGUAAGGAGUAAUAUGGUUCACACUCAUCCAGCUUGCUAUUCAACCUUCAUCACCCUAACUCGAGGAUCCAAGCUACUUAUGUACCAGAACUACACCUAUUUCAAGAGCGGACCGAUUCGGGAUGGCGGAUUUAGAUAUACUUGCUCUAGUUCACAAAAGCAGAGAUGCAAAGCGUACCUUCAUGUUAACAAGGAUAAUGUAAUUGUCUUCAGUACCUUGGCUCAUAAUCAUCUACCGCAGAGGCUUAUGAAAACUCACUCAGGACUCUAUUUGAAACGGGUUAAGUUUGCAGCGACCUUUAAGGAAUAUUUUGUUUUAGCAAUUUACAUCACUCCAUCGAAGCUGCAUUUUUGCGAGGAAUACACGUACUUUAGGAGCGGUGCAAUUUAUAGAGGCGGUUGGAGAUUUUGGAAAUACAGUUGCUCUUGUAUGGACAGCAAGAAUUGCGAGGCUCACGUUUAUAUUCACAAAGAUGAUAUUAUUAUCACCAAUACACAACAUAACCAUCUUCCUCUGGAGUAUGUCAAGACGAAAACGGGUCUCUAUUUGCAAGUUUAACUCUUCUAUGAGGUUUUUACUAAAAGUAUUUGGUUUC